AUGAGCAUUCCAAGGAAGCUGCUUCAUAUCCUCUGUGUCUGCCUGUAUGUGUCUGCUGCUCAGGCACGGAUUUGGGCCUGGAUGUUGUCUUUGCCCCAUAGCCCACCAGAGGAUGGUUCUGUAGGGCUGAGAGAUAAAGAAACAGAAACAUCUUCAGUCCCUAAAGGCGAUCUGGUACCCUGUGAACAUGACCGAGCCUGUGGAAAAGGAUUCUCUUGCGAUCGUCACUUUGGUCGGUGCGUUCCUCUCAGACAGGAGGGUCAGUACUGUCGGCGGGACGCCCAGUGUGUGCGAGGCUUGAGCUGCAUGUUUGGACGAUGCCACAGGAGCAUCCCAGAGGGACAAGAGGGAGCACGUUGCAAGGUAGACAGAGACUGCGGGGCAUCGAUGUGCUGUGCGCGGCACCACGGUGAGAUGGUGUGUAAACGGCGGCUAGCCCUGGGAGAGAGCUGCUUUGUACCCGACGGUGGCCUGGCAUUCAGCAUCAACCAAAUCUGCCCAUGCGCUGAGAGCCUGCUGUGCCGUGGAAACGGAGAACCGCCGCGGAGAGAGUGA